AAAUAAUGGUCGUCUGCAGUCCAUAGACAUAAAAUGAGCUUGUCAAUUUGUCAUGUACGACAAUCCAGCAAUAGCAUGAUUAUUGUGAAUCCAGCAUGAUCAUUGUCAUUGUGAUGAGUUGCCGAGAACUUUUUGAAACAACAUCGGGCAUAUACACUUAAAGGCAGGACUAGGACUUGGAAACAUUACACUACAGUAGCCCAGGUUGGACGUCGUCGACAUUGCAUUGCGUUGUACACAACGGAGGAGUCCACUGGGCUAACACUACAGUUCAAGUGUGGUGGACAGGAUUACCUUUGUCAUGGCAGCGUUUCAUCGGUUGUUUGUAUACGGAACUCUUAAACGGGGACAGCCCAAUGCUGAGCAGUUUGGUCCUAAGAACGGUGUCGCCAACUACAUAGGCCAGGCUCGGACGGUGCAGAAAUGGCCCCUUGUGAUAGCAUCGCAGUGCAACAUUCCAUAUCUUCUGGACAGGGAGGGGAUUGGAAAUAACAUAAUAGGUGAAAUAUAUGAAGUAGAUGAUAAGAUGCUACAGCACUGUGACGUCUUUGAGAAUUGUCCGCAGUACUACCAGAGGACAACCAUUCAGGUGCAACUCAUUGAGGAUAGUGCAGGGUCAAAGGUUGAGGGCAACAUAGACGACAUCUUUGUGUAUGUCCUGCGGGACUUCAAAGACUUCAUGUUGGAGUUGCCGCAGUAUGAAUGUUACGAUAGCUGUGGUCCCCACGGGUUAACGUACAGGUCGAGCACUGAUGACAUAUCAAGUCCUGAUGAAAUCUAAUUCGACAAUGCAGUAUGUGCUUAAACUGACACAGUUUGUCUAACUUGAUCGCAAUGGAUAAAAUUGAAAUGUAUACUACUCAUUAUUCAUAUAACGUACUGCCUUUCUGUUUUUUAUGAGACACAUUUAAGAGGAUCUUUUGGAGGUUUUAAUAUGUACAUGAACUUAUAUAUUUAAUUCAAAAUAGUUUCUGUUAGUUUUUCCAUAAAGUGUUGCUGGUAUUGGCAACAGUGUUACCAGCAAGAUGCUUCUCUGCAUAACAUAAUUUGAAGAUUGUUGAGCAGAUUGGUAUUUGGAAUCUGGGAAACUUACAAAAGAUAUGAAUUUGGUUGAGUAAAGUUUUACAAAAUUAACCCCUGUUUACAAACAUUGUUUAUUAUAUCAUGUCUGUAACAAAAUACACUGUAUUAAAAAAAUUGUAUAUUUUUCCUCAGGUACAUGUAUAUAAAUUCUCACGACGGUAUGUUUGGACAUUCUAUGAAAAGCAAAAUUCUAUGAAUGAGUGAUAUGCACAAAAGGUCACUGAGAAAAGUGCCAUGCAGCUUUGUGAAAAUAUUAAAUUGGAUGUAUUUUACAAAAUGUUAAUAAUAAUAUAACAAAUAUUCAAUCAAAUGUUUCUAUAUUUGGACAGAGGGCUAUUCAUGUGUACUUUUGUUAUUUUUUGUUUGACUGAUUCACCAUUUUACUGCUAAGCCACUGUUUGAUACUCAGGAUGUUUUGUCUUAUAAUUCUUACAACAAAAGAAACGGGUCAUAUCAGUGUCAGCCUAAGAAUAAAGUGUAAACUUACACAAGUACAGUGUACAUGUACUUUUUUUGAGUGUCGGAAAAGAAACUGUUUUUAGUCUUUACUGAGAAUAAUAAAUCUUCACUGAGAUUUAAAAUAAAAGGAAAACCAACUUAUUCAAAGCAAGCAUGUCUUAUUAAUUUCAUCAUAUGGCGACCACUGAGAAAAGUGCCAUGCAGCUGUCUGAAAAUAUUAAAUUGGAUGUAUUUUACAAAACGUUAAUAAUAAUAAUAUUACAAAUAUUCCAAACCAUGUUUAUAUAUUUGGACAGAGGGCUAUUCAUGUGUACUUUUGUUAUUUUUUGUUUGACUGAUUCACCAUUUUACUGCUAAGCCACUGUUUGAUACUCGGGAUGUUUUGUUUUAUAAUUCUUACAACAAAAGAAACGGGUCAUAUCAGUGUCAGCCUAAGAAUAAAGUGUAAACUUACACAAGUAAAUGUACAUUGUACUUUUUUUGAGUGUCAGAAAAGAAACUGUUUUUAGUCUUUACUGAGAAUAAUCUUCACUGAGAUUUAAAAUAAAAGGAAAUAUUCAAAGCAAGCAUGUCUUAUUAAUUUCAUCAAAUGGUGACCUCAAUUAUUUCACACUCCCUGAAGGCCCAUGUUUCAUCUCAAGUGUAUUGUUAUUCUUGAAAAAGGGAUAUAAAGGGACACAAUGGAAUACAUGUAUGACUACAAAAGUGUCGGGAAUAAGUUUGAUUGCUGUAUAUUCCGUUAAUUUUAAUA